AUGUCAAUUGUAUCGUUGUUAGGUAUUAAAGUAUUAAAUAAUCCUGCUAAAUUUUCAGAUUCAUACGAGUUUGAAAUCACAUUCGAAUGUUUGGAACCAUUGAAGAAUGAUCUAGAAUGGAAAUUAACUUAUGUGGGUUCAUCUCGUUCUUUAGAACAUGAUCAAGAAUUAGAUUCUAUUCUUGUAGGACCUGUACCAGUGGGAGUGAAUAAAUUUAUCUUUUCUGCAGAUCCACCUUCUGCAGAAUUGAUCCCUGCUAGUGAAUUAGUAAGUGUCACUGUGAUACUUCUGAGUUGUUCAUAUGAUGGUAGGGAAUUUGUUAGAGUUGGAUAUUAUGUGAAUAAUGAAUAUGAUUCUGAAGAAUUACGAGAAAAUCCCCCAGCAAAAGUUCAAGUUGAUCAUAUUGUAAGAAAUAUCUUAGCUGAGAAACCUAGAGUCACGAGGUUUAAUAUUGUUUGGGAUAAUGAAAAUGAAGGUGAUUUUUAUCCACCAGAACAACCUGAAGUAGAAGAGGAGGAGGAGGAGGAAGAAGAAGAAGAAGAGGAAGAAGGAGAAGAUGAGGACGAUGACGAGGAAGAAGAAGAGGAAGAGGCGGAAGAUCAAGAAGAUGACGACGAAGAUGUUGCAGUUGAAGAUAAUGAAAAUGAAAAUGCAAAAGCAGCAGUAGAUAAUCAAGAUGAAGAUGAGGGUGAUGAGGGUGAAGAUAUAGGAAAUAGCGAUGAGGAAGAUGAUGAGGAAGAUGACGAAGAAGAAGAUAAUCCAAAGAAAAAACGUAAAACUGAAGAAUCUUCCGCCGUCACUACUAAUAAAGAAGUGGAAGAAACUCCAAGUACACCAAAAGAUAAUGAGGCCUAA